AUGACUAGUGCUAUUAUUCAAAAAGCCAGUAACUUGCUUGUAUCGGCAAGAGAAAAGGCUGAGGAGGUGCCAUCGGCAGAAAUCCUCAGUAAAUCUUGUAUAGUGACAACUCUUUUACCAUUGGUUUUGGCGCAUAUAAGUCCUUUAGUAACCAGCGAUUCGAAGAGUGCAGUUCAUAUUUUGAACCUAAUUCAGGAGUUACUCCCACAUGUGGCAGCUCUUAAUUUAAUGGGUACACCAUGUGGUGCCAUAAAAUCUGCCACAAACCUUAGCACAUCUUCAAACCACGAGAGUUUAGACCAUAAAAUUGAAACCACUAGUCAUCAUUAUACUCUCGUAGAAAGUGAACAUCCUUAUAAACCGGCGACUGUUUCGAAUUACAGAGUGCAGUUUCCAGAUAGCGUAAAAUGGAUGAGUUUGGAGUUCGAUCCCGCUUGCUCCACCGUUCAACCUGAGGAUUCGCUACAAUUAUUCGUACCAGCUAAACAUUGUCCAAACGAUAAAAAUCAAGCUAUACUUAUCGAUGAUGGAGACUCUCCACCGAUGCCGUACUGGCCAGUUCUACAUAAAUUCAGUGGAAGUUUGCAGUGGCCUACUAACUCAGUGAUUCUACCGGGAAAUGAAGUUUUGUUUUCUCUAGAAACUGCAUCCGAUUAUUUGAAGGACGAACGUCUAUGUGCCUACGGCUUCAAGUGUCUAGUGAUCGGAUACGAAUGGCCCCAAGAUAAUUUUCAAAGCCUGAACGAACUAAAACAUUUGGAAGGCGAAUUGGCGUUUCUAGGAGGAAUGUGUGCCGCAAGUCUAAUGAAAAAGGAUAUUUUAUUUCCACUAAAUGGAGAUGAAGCUGAUGUUGACAUGGAAGUUGCUGAAAACGUAGCCUCUGAUAUAUUUUCCAAACACGGAUCACUUUUGUCCAAAGGAUUGGCUCUUAGUUCACCUCCUACGGUUCAACAAGCUUUGGACGGUAUGCUACCCUACAGUUCGAAUAGUCCUUAUUGUUGA